CUGCGGCGAGCCAGUCUGAUCGAGCCCGUCGCGUCGUCAGUACACGCCGCGCCCCGUUCAAGAUCGCAGCCUCCGAUAUCCGCGCGCGAGUUCAAAUCUUCGCCAACUUCCUACCAUGGCCUAAACACCCAGUGUAGACAACACACCAAAACCAAACAAAAAAAAAAGUUCAAAUUCAGUGACAAUUCUUCCAUUGACCUCUCGGAACAAGGAAGGACCAUGACCAUGUGUAUAGUGCGCCCGAAAAUGUUCCUCACCCUCUUACUCCUCGCCGCCGCCUGCGGGCCCACACUCGCCGGCCCCGACAACAGCAACUUCAUGAAGAUGUUCCCCUCGCAAGCCCAACUAGACCCUUGCUACGACGAAGACAAUCGCCCGCGUCGCUGUGUCUCCAACUUCGUCAACGCCGCAUUCGGAGUCCCCGUGAAAGCUUCCUCAACUUGUGGGCAACUUGGUUUAACCCACUAUUGCGAACCCCCGGAACCCGGAUCUCGUCCCCAAUGCAACAUCUGCGAUGACCGCCAACCAAAGUACCGCUUCCCUGCUUCUCAUCUAACAGAUCUCAACAAUCCCAACAAUGUCACCUGCUGGAGAUCAGACCCUCUCCCCCCAGCGACCUCAAUGAAUGCUCCACCUGAUAACGUCACUCUGGUCCUAAGCUUCGGCAAGAAAUACGAAGUCACCUAUGUUAAUCUGGUCUUCUGCCCGCAUACACCUAAACCCGAUUCUAUUGCUAUCUACAAGAGUAUGGACUAUGGGAAGACCUGGCAACCCUUCCAGUUCUACUCCAGUCAAUGCCGGAAAGUCUACGGGAGACCCAAUCGCGCCACGAUUACUCAAUCCAACCAACAGGAAGCUAGAUGUACGGAUGCCCAUCGGUACAAUGGUGGUGAUGGGAUGUCCCAUGGACAAUCCCGGAUAGCUUUCAGUACAUUAGAUGAACGCCCAAAUGCUUCCGAUAUAGAAAAAUCCCCGGUUUUGCAGGAUUGGAUCACCGCGACGGAUAUCAAAGUGAUUUUUAACCGUCUACACAUGCCCACGGAUGACCUAUCUGAUAACCUGGAUAUUCUGGUUGAUGAAAACCUUUAUAAUAAGCAUCUAGGUGGUUUGGAUAGAGAUGAUGACCAUACUAAUGAACCUGCACCUUCAGUGCAACUUGUGAAUGAGAUGCAGAGUCUGGAUAUGGAUGUGGAGAGUAAGCCUACUGCCAUGGAGGCGGUGAGGAGGUUGCCACCAGCGUACCAGGUGACGCAUCAGUAUGCCGUGGCGGAUUUCUCCGUCGGCGGGAGGUGCAAGUGUAAUGGGCAUGCGAGCAAAUGUUCACGGGGAAGAGAUGGGCAGCUGGCGUGCGAAUGUCGGCAUAAUACUGCGGGCAGGGACUGCGAAAGGUGCAAACCGUUCCAUUUUGAUCGACCAUGGGGGCGAGCAACUGACAGGGAUGCUAAUGAAUGCAAAGCAUGCGAGUGUAAUCAGCACGCCAGGCGGUGCAAGUUCGAUAUGGAUGUGUACAAGGUGUCUGGACGCAUCUCGGGCGGUAUAUGCCUCAAGUGCCGCCAUUAUACUUCCGGCCGCCAUUGUCACUACUGUCGGGAAGGGUUCUAUCGCGACGAGAAUAAGGCGAUCACGCAUCGGCGCGCAUGCAAACCUUGCGCUUGUCAUCCGGUGGGAUCGUCCGGUAGGACUUGCAACCAGGCAACCGGGCAGUGUCCGUGCAAAGAUGGCGUUACUGGGACUACUUGUAAUCGUUGCGCGAAGGGGUAUCAACAGAGUCAGUCACAGAUAGCACCAUGUAUCAGAAUUCCUGUUGUAUCAAUGCAACGUGACGAUCACGAUGACGACUACGACUACGAAACCGACGCGUCCUCAUCAUCGGGCGGGGCAUGUGGAAAGUGCAAGGCCGCUACAAGACGACUCAAUCAAAAAAAGUACUGCAAAAGGGACUACGCAAUCAUGGCACAAAUCCUAAGCCCAGUGGACGGCGAGGACGAACACACCAAGGGCUGGGUGAAGUUCAUGGUCAACGUCAAGUCCAUCUACAAGAAAAGCCGCGACUCGCGCAUCCGAAAAGGCACCAUGGUUCUCGUCGUGCCCGUUUCGGAUCUGGCAUGUAAAUGUCCCAAAAUCAAACUGAACAAAUCGUACUUAAUUUUGGGAAGAGAAAAAGACGACUCGCCAACCGGAAUCAUCACUGAUAAGCUCGGCGUGACACAGCGGUCCAUCGUCAUCGAAUGGCAGGAGACGUGGGACCAGCGCAUGCGGCGCUUCCGUCGUCGAACGCGCGAAUGCAAAAACAACUAAGAAAUACCAACUACAACCGAAAGUAAACAAACAGAAAAUAGAACAAACAACGCAAACCAACACUUCUAAACACACUCACAACUCACCUACAGAGUGAGAUGAGCAGUUAAACGAUAUAUAAUCAAGAAAAAGAAUCGAAAUCGAAACAAAAUCAUCAAAACUUAAACUAAAAAGCAGACAUAUUCAUGUUGCUUCAUUGUUGCCAUAUUAGUACAUUAGCAUUGGUGACUUAACUAAUGCCCUGUGAUUUAUUUCUAUCACUAUAUCAGUAUAUCAAGCGUUUCAGCCGACUUAAGUGCGUUUUGUUCAGGUUAACUAACCCUACUCGUCGUUUUGUACCAUAACCUAUAUUAUUUUGUACAGCUUUUUUAUAUACAUAAACAAAACCCUGAAAUUUUUCGACUUUUCAAACAAAAUCUCACAAAUUAAUGGAUGGUCAUUGUUUAUAUACGAAUUUAAGUUAUUUAUUUUAUUUAAUCUUUAGUGUGUAUGCAUGAAUUGCUGAAUGCGCCGAAUUUUCGCUUCAAAAACCACUUGAAAUCUUUAUCAACACGGAACGAAUGAGCGAGUAUAACAAUGUCUCUUAGUAUAACAAUGAUAUGUACAGUAUUAUAAUUAUAAUAUGUAUUUAAUUACCAUUAUAAAUAUUCCAUUAUUAUAUUGUGUAUUAAAUCACUAGCGAUAGCUAAGCGUAUAUUGGGCUGCAUAAUAAUACACAAGAUGUGAAUGCAGAGGGUGAAGCGGAAGCCGCCAUAUUGUAACGCGCAGAAACUUAAAGCCAAACAUGUCAUAAUCUAUUACUUAGUGUUUCGAAUGUUUAAUAUUAACGCAAAAAUAAAAAAAUAAAAGUAAACUGUAGAUGAUGGUAACGACGUACUUACAAUUUACAAUUUAGUGUUUGUUGUUCAAACAUAUCACAUGUUAAUAAUACUCUCUACUUGCGAGGAAGCAUAAACGUGUCGUAGCAAUAUUCAGUUCAAGUCCUCGUUCAAGGUGGCGUCGGUUACACUUAUCGAAUGACCGUUGCAAUCGCACCGAAAGAUAAAUUCAAUAUUUGUGAGGCGUUUUGUUUUCUCUAGUUGUCUGUAAACCGCGCAUUGCAUAAAUGUGCAACUUUGUAUUCAUGCAUACGACAUUUACGAUACGAAUAUGGGAUUUAUAGUCAAAAAAAACACGAAACAAAACUCAUUACACAAACACAAUACACACAAUUAUCUUGAUAAUUCGAAUUAGUUAUUUGUAAAUUUUGUGUACCUAAUAAAACUGUAAAACGAGACUAAA